CUCCCAGUUGACCAACAUCCGUCGAGGCUCUCAGUCUCGAAAACGAUGCCGAACUGCCGCCGUCAGCCGAACGUCAAGAACACAUUGAGGGGGAGGAGCCGCCCUGCCUCUCGAAUGUCCGAGAGAAUUCAUAUGCCCAUGAGCACCAAGUUAUCAGAUACUGGAAUCAAGGAAGUCGGGAACUCGAACCGCAAGAGAACAAUCCGCUUCAUGGACGACGAGGCGUUGGACGUCACCGAGCUCAGCUCCUCUUCCGAGUCGUUAUCACCGUCACCUGCCAAUUCGACAUCAAGCUCUUCGUUUUCAUCGAACCACACAGACAUCCCGCUUCGAUUCCGACGAUAUGAAGGCAAGUUUGAGAACCGACGAGGCCAGUCUUUAUUUUACUUCGCACUCUUCCCGCCAGAGAAGAUGCCUGUGCGUGGUGUGGCUCUCUAUAUACAUGGUAGCAGUAGCCACUGUCGCCGCCACAUCGAUCUUUACAAGGAGCUCUGCAAAGAAGGUUUCGGUGUCAUCUCGUACGACUUGGCAAACCAUGGGGCUAGUGACUUGGACCAGCACAAGACGCGCGCACACAUCACCAACUUUCAGUACCUUGUGGAUGAUACGAAUGCCUUCAUCACGUACGCCAAGCGCUCUAUUUACACCGAUGCGCUUCGAUACUGGCGAAAGUAUCACUACCCUCGACACCCGCACGGACAGAAUCCAAGGCUUGUGGCGUUACCAGAGCCGCCGUUGAUUAUUAUCGGUUCCUCGCUCGGGUCACUCGUCGGUAUUCACACAGUUCUCACAGCUCAGCAUAAAUUCCACGCUGCAGUUUGGGCCGCACCAACGGUAGGAGUUACGUGGAACCCGCUGCUGUAUGCUGAGUCUCUGCUUCCGCUGGCGAUGUUUAUCCCCAAGGCGCGUAUCGUUCCUGCUGUGAGUCAUGAUUUAUUCUGCAGAGAUCCAGCGUUCCUUGAAGCGUUCAAGAAUGACCCGCUCACAUGUAUCGAAAAGAUGACUGUGCGAAGUGGAACGGAGGCAUUAAAUGCCAUCAAGCGACUUCAGAACGACAAGCGCGUAACGCAAACAGACAGCGCGUUCUGUACGAUUCCGAUGCUCUUCAUUGCAGGCUCAAACGAUGGCGUUUCCGAUCAGCAGGCCGCCAUCCGAUUCUUUGCGUCCAUGGGGAAUCUUGAUAAGGAAUUCAAGUUGAUUGAUGGAGGUUUCCACUUCGUCUUCGAGGAUACUCAAAAGGAGGACGCUAUCGAUCAUCUUGUGCAGUGGCUACGCGCAAGGUUUCCCCUUGAGACGCGAAAUGGCAGAUAAAUAGUUGUUUAGAGUUAAGUUAACCAGUUACAGUAUUGAUGUUCUCUCUAUUGACGUUGCCAAUAGUAGAGAAUAUCGGUUGAGCUCUUUUGAUACAAAAACUCG